ACGGGUGAUGUUUCGCAACAUAGUUAGAGGUGCUAGAGUCUCUUUUUCAAUAUGGUGAUGCCAAUACAAGUGACUACAUCGUUUCAUCUCGUUUUAACGUAUGGUUGUGACUUGAAGGCGCUAACCGCUAUACAUGUAUGAAAGUAAAUAGGAUAUCUUCGUGUUAUCGUAUUUUUGCAAUAAUGAUGUUGAAAUAACAGAUUUUUGGAUAGCUGUUAGAAGAAUGACUAAUGCAAAUGGCGAAAAAUGUUUCAAGGAUUUAACAGAACUUGCUUUUCGUGCUCUUUCUUUACCUAUCAGCAAUGCAGUCGUGGAACGUGUUUUCAGUAUAAUGGCAGUGAUCAAAUCAAAAUUAAGAAAUCGUUUAACAAUGCCUAUGCUAGUUGCUCAGCUUAUGCGCAUUCGCAUACACCUGAAUGUUCUUGGACUUUGUUGCAAAAAUUAUUGUCCAACACCGUAUAUGUUACAAUUAUUUAAUACUCAUAACAUGUAUAAUACAGAUUCAGUAGAUUCAUUGUAUAAACAAACAGAAUCUUCCGACGAUGAUUGCGGUUUGUUAGAAUCAUUAACUCUUAUAGAGUUAGCUGAGUCAAUAGAUUCAUAAAAUAUUCAAAGUAAAAGAUUAAUAAAUAAGAAAAUCU